GGUUACCUGUUUUUCUCCUAUUUUGAGUCCUGUUCUUCAUCGUCUAUCUGUGUUCUUCUCUUUUCAUUCUAUUUUAUUCAAGACGCACAGCAAAUCAAAGCAGGAAAAUCAAGGAUGCUUACAACUCAGAUCUGUCGAUUGUUGUUGUACAUUUUCUUCACUCGACUUCUGGUACUGCUCAGUGAUGUUUGGCAUUAAGAGUUAGAAUUUGGUUGCUGGUUCUACUUUUGUUGGGUGAGAAAUAAAGCCCAAAUCUUUUCCGUGCAAUUCAUCUGCAUGCCAACUGUUUGACAUUUGGCUCCAAAGAGUUUGUUUACCAAAUAUGAGGAGAAAUUCAAUAUUACUACCAUUUCCUACGUACCGACACUUAAGAUCUUCCCUACAUGACAAAGUUUGGGAUGCCAACUUAUUUGGGAAAUCAGGUUUUAUGUGGGUUCAAAUCAUGCACAAAACCAGUGGAGGAAGACGACCUAAAAAGAAAGUCUACCACAGAGUGCAUGAACUAGACAAAGUCAUGGACCUCCAAAAGAAACCCUCCGUGAUCCUGAAGCUGAAAUCAAUCAUCCAAUCACAAAAGAACCAGUCUUUGCUUCUCAGGGACCUCGAAAAAGAAGUUGGGUUUAUUCAGAAAUGGAACUUCAUAGCUGUUAUUGAGAAAUACCCGUCAAUCUUCCAUGUGAGUGGUGGUCAUAAAACACCACCUGCAGUCAUGCUUAACAGAAAAGCCGAAAAGGUUGCUGCUGAGGAAGCUGCUGCCAAUGAAUUAAUGGAACCCAUUUUGGUCAAGAAUCUCCGGAAGUUGUUAAUGUUGUCGGUUGAUUGUAGGCUUCCACUUGAAACCAUUGAUUUCAUUCAGCCUGAAUUGGGUUUGCCUUCAGAUUUCAAGAAAUCUUUGCUUCCAAAAUUUCCUGAAUUUUUCUGUGUGAAAGAUGUACAUGGAAGAUCCCAUCUCGAACUGGGAAAUUGGGAUUCCUCACUUGCAAUUACUGCUCGUGAGGAAAGAUGGUUACAUGAAAGAAUCUUGAACACUUCUGGGCAUUCAAAAAGACCCCGGAUUUCAAAAGAUGGCAACUUUCCUGGCCCUUUUGCUUUUCACUUAAAAUUCCCUGUUGGAUUUAGACCAAACAUGAGUUAUCUUCAAGAACUUGAAAAAUGGCAGAAGAUGGAAUUUCCUUCUCCCUACUUGAAUGCAAAGAGGUUUGAAGUUUCUGAUCCUAAAGCUCGGAAACGGGUGGUAGCAGUUCUUCAUGAGCUUCUCAGUUUGACCAUGGAGAAGAGGUUGACUUCUGCCCAAUUGGAUGCAUUUCAUUCAGAACUGAGAUUACCAGCCAGAUUAUUGCUCUGCUUAAUUAAGCAUCAUGGUAUUUUUUACAUAACUAACAAAGGUGCAAGAAGUACUGUUUUUCUUAAAGAAGCUUAUGAUGGAUCAAGAUUGGUUGAUAAAUGUCCCCUUUUGAUGUUUAGGGAUAAGUUUGUAGCACUCACUGGUAGGAGAGAUAUUGAGCCUUCAUCACAUGCUAUAUGAUCAUCAAAGUUCAAGAAAAUGAAUUUAGAUAUUUGAUCAUUUUUUGUUGAAUCAUAUGGCUGUAGUUUGCCUUGGU